AUGGCGGCAAACACAAGGGAUAAUUCAAGUGGCAGCUCCAAACACAAACCUCGACAAGAGCGUUUUUCUGUGCAAACAGCAUUGGAGCAAUUUUGGCUAAAUGAUGGAGACAACUCAGAUUUGGAAGACUUGUCUGACAACGAUGAUCCCAUCCUGGAUGCCAAUUACCAACCCCGAACACAGGAGCGAAGCAGCAGUGAGGAUGAGGAUGACAGUAGUGAUGAUGAGGACCCCAUUCCUCAGCCCACUGAGCACAGCAGAGGACGUAAACGUCUCCGUGGUGCAAAUAAUGGAGCCUGUCCAUGCAGACAAUAUCUGCCAAUGAAGCCAAACCCAGUUGGCAUCAAGAACUUCGUUUGUGCUACAGCAGAUGGCAUUGUGCUGGACUUUGAUCUGUAUCAAGGUACAGGUGCACUGCUUGAGCAGGUCGAAGAAGAGGUGGGCCUGGGGUUGGGAGGCUUAGUCUUGGCUCGUCUGUGUCAAACUCUGCAUCGUGGCACAAAAGUGUAUUGUGACCGGUUCUUCACAAGCAUCCGAGGUGUGGAACAAAUGAUGAAGAAGGAGAUGUACAUUACUGGUACAAUAAUGAAGAACAGACUCGCUGGCGCGAAGGAGAAGCUACCCUCUGACAAAACCAUGAAAAACACAGGAAGAGGUACCUCAUCAGAACUUUCCACUGAAGACGGAAAGUUGUGUGUAGUGAAGUGGUAUGACAACAAACCAGUAUUGAUGAUGUCUGGUGUUCAUGGCACAGAGCCUGAAGACACCUGCCAGCGCUGGGACAAGAAAUUGAAACAGUAUGUGACUGUCUCGCGACCAAGCAUUGUCCGUGAGUACAACCUCAAGAUGGGUGGAGUGGAUUUGAUCGAUAGAAUGAUUAGCUUCUAUCGCAUGAGCGCCCGUACUAAGAAGUGGACGAUGCGGAUGCUAAUGCACUUCACAGAUCUGGCUUUAGGUAACAGCUGGCUACUCUACCGCAAAGACCUCGCAAUAUGUGCUGCACCAAAGAAGAGCAUCAUGCAGUUCCUUGAGUUCCGUACAGAAAUUCCUACGACCCUCUUGGCCCAGCAUCACGGUCAAGGAAGCCAUGCAGACCUCUCUGAACAGUCAGAGGAAGAAGACAACUCAAAUCAAGGGAACAAACGUCCUGUGACGGCAGUGCCCCAUGUCUUGGUCCGCAGGAGGGCGAAUGCCCAUCUCCCAGAGAUGAUCAGCCUGAAGAACGCGGCGCGCUGCAGGGUAGCAGGCUGCACUGGAAGAACCCGAGUGCGUUGUGUGACCUGCAAAGUGUUCUUGUGCUUGCAAGGCGAUCGCAACUGUUACACAGCCUUUCACACAUAG